GCUUCCUUAACCCUCCAAUCCUGUUUUUCCUCCCGUCCUGGCGAAAUGUAUCCGCCCUGUUGUCAGUCUUCCCAAACUGGUCGCUUGUUUUCUGUCCCAGCGGAGAAAGGAGCGAUCCAGCUUUACAUUAUUGAAAGAACAAAUUCAAGCUGUGAAACAAUGCCUUCUGAUUGACAACAGCAGCAGUAACUGUCCAUCAUGAACAGCGAGGAAGAGUUUUAUGAUGCUGAGACAGGUUUAGAAUCAGACGACUCGUGUGAAGUCAGCUUUAAAGAUGCCUGUGUCUAUGAGAGCAAGCAGACGGUGAAUGGCAAGGUGCCAUCUGAAAAUGGAGCAUGGGAGAGGCGGACUACUCUGCCAGCGCCCAUGUUCUCCAGAAAUGAUUUUAGUGUAUGGGGCUUUCUGAAGAAAUGCAUUGGAAUGGAGCUGUCCAAGAUAACAAUGCCUAUUGUUUUCAACGAACCGCUGAGCUUCUUGCAGAGGAUUACGGAGUACAUGGAACAUACAUACCUCAUCCAUAAAGCUUGUACACUUUCUGAUUCAAUAGAGCGGAUGCAGCUUGUUGCCACAUUCGCCAUUUCUGCUGUUGCGUCACAAUGGGACAGAACUGGGAAACCUUUUAACCCUUUAUUAGGAGAGACUUUUGAACUUACAAGGGAUGAAGAGGGUUACCGCAUGAUCUCAGAACAGGUGAGCCACCAUCCACCAAUCAGCGCCUUCUACUCUGAGUCCCUCAAUCAGGACUUCUCGUUUCACGGCUCCAUCUACCCUAAACUCAAAUUCUGGGGGAAGAGUGUGGAGGCAGAGCCUAAAGGCACUAUGACACUUGAGCUUUCCAAACACAGAGAAGCUUACACAUGGACGAACCCUAUGUGCUGUGUGCAUAACGUUAUUCUGGGUAAACUGUGGAUUGAGCAGUAUGGGACAGUGGAGAUUGUCAACCACAGCACUGGGGACAAGUGUGUGCUGAAUUUUAAGCCAUGCGGCAUGUUUGGCAAAGAGCUGCAUAGGGUAGAGGGACAUAUCCAGGACAAGAGUAAAAAGAAACGUCGGGUUAUCUAUGGGAAGUGGACUGAGUGCGUGUAUAGCAUUGAGCCAAAAGUCUACGAAGCCAACAAGAAAGCAGAGAAGAAAAGUGGAGGAGAUUCCAAGAAACACAAGCAGGAGCAGAGUACAGCAGGUGAUGAUGCAGAUGAAAUGCCAGAUGUUCAGGAGACGGUCACUAUGAUCCCAGGCAGUUUGCUGCUAUGGAGAGUAGCCCCUCGACCGCCAAACUCGACAGAGAUGUAUAAUUUUACCAACUUUGCCAUGACACUAAAUGAACUGGAGCCUGGCAUGAUUGGAGUCAUUGCACCGACAGACUGUCGUUUGCGGCCUGACAUCAGAGCUAUGGAGAAUGGGGAUAUCGAUACCGCAAGUCGAGAGAAAGAGAGAUUGGAGGAGAAGCAGAGAGCUGCCAGAAGAGAGCGUGCUAAAGACGAGGAAGAAUGGUCUACGAGAUGGUUCCAGCAGGGCAAGAAUCCGUACACUGGAGCUGCAGACUGGAUAUACAAGGCUGGUUACUUUGAAAGGAAAUAUCCUCACCUUCCAGACAUCUACUGAUUCGGUUUGGAAGACUGAAAGAGUCUUGAGAUUCAUCCUUUGCUCUCCAUCACUCAAUCCAUAUCAUCUCAUGUCCUUAAGCCCUUUUCAUAUUUUGUAUUGCAAUGUGAGAUUCAUAUGAACAGUUUUUGAACAAAUCCUCUCCUUGAGUUCUAAUCUUCACUAGAAUCUGGAAAUUCAGUGUGAAUGGAUUUAUUUAUUUUAAAAGGUAGAGAAUGCCUUAAUUAUUCACUGUUAAACAUUCUGUGCAAACCUCAGUGUGUUUAGAAAUCGCUAGUUUAUGUACAGUGUGUGCUAAUUUAGCUUUCCAUGUGUCUUGCUAGUUACACUCAGGUGUUUAUUUUAUGGGUACAAGUGGUUAGUGAUGGCAUCGAGGCAGUGCCAUCUGUGAAGAUUUUUUUGUGUCAUUUUUUGAAAUGUGAGGCUGCUCAGAACCUAUUAGGAGAGCAUAAUUUUGUGUUUUUUUGUUCAAACUAAUGCUAUUUUAUCAUCUCUAUUAUAUGCUUUUUCCUUAUCUCAAAAAUAUGACCUCUGUUUUCGGUAUGCAUGAUGUGCAGGAACUUCACAUUUAAAGAUUCUGCCUGAUUUUGAGUACCUGGAAUGAAAACGUAUCCCACUUUUCUUUUUUUAUUUCUUUUUUUUUCCUCAGAAAUUAGGGUUAUAGCUCACUGAUAGUCUCUUGGGCCAUUUCUCAGCAUCUCCAUGGUACAGGGGAGUUUACUAAACCUAAUGUUCUCAUUCCUCACACAAUUUAGAUAUAUUUUAGAUCUGUUUUGUUUUUGUUUGACAGACAAAAAUGAAAGCUGCUCAUGAAAAAUGUUUACUGGUAAAAAAAAAAAAAAAAGAAAGGGAUGUUUUUUAAUUGUUAAAAAACUUAUAA